CAAUUGAUCAGAACAAACACCAAAGCUAUUGAAACAAUCAAACGAUUAAACAUGAACUCAAUCCAUUUCUUCCUAUUAUCUCUAGUGCUUUUGAACAUUACCACUGUAAUCAAUGGUGGAAUGACAAGUAAAUACGUUAGACAAGCUCUACCAUCGAUUGAGAUGUCUCUGGAAACAUUUCCUCCACCCUCUGGUCAUAAUGUUCCUGAACAGGUUCAUCUAACGCAAGGAGACCAUGACGGACGUGCCAUGAUCGUCUCGUGGGUAACACCGUUAAAUCUAGCUGGUACUAACGUCGUUACUUACUGGAUCGCUGGUAACAGCAGCGACGUGAAGCCGGCAAAGAAGAAAGCUCAUGGUUCAACGUCCUCUUACAGAUUCUAUGACUAUACUUCUGGUUUUCUUCAUCACGCUACCAUUAAAGGACUCGAGUAUGAUACUAAGUACAUCUACGAGGUUGGUACCGCUAAAUCCGUUAGACAAUUCCACUUCACGACUCCUCCGAAGGUUGGACCCGAUGUUCCCUACACAUUCGGGAUUAUUGGUGAUCUUGGACAAACUUAUGCUUCGAACGAGACAUUGUACCAUUACAUGUCGAACCCUAAAGGCCAAGCCGUUCUCUUUGCUGGAGACUUGUCUUACGCAGACGACCAACCAAACCAUGAUCAGAGAAAGUGGGAUACUUGGGGAAGAUUCAUGGAGCCUUGCGCUGCUUACCAGCCUUUUAUCUUUGCCGCUGGGAAUCACGAGAUAGAUUUCGCUCCGGAGAUUGGUGAGCCUCACGCCUUCAAGCCUUACAUGCACCGUUACCCUAACUCCUACAAAUCCUCAGGGAGCAUAUCUCCUCUUUGGUACUCAGUCAGACGUGGCCCUGCUCACAUCAUCAUACUCUCCUCUUACUCUGCUUACGGCAAAUACACACCACAAUACUUGUGGCUGGAGCAAGAGCUGAAGAACGUGAACAGAGAGGAGACUCCAUGGUUGAUUGUCAUUGUUCACUCGCCGUGGUACAACAGCAACAACUACCAUUACAUGGAAGGUGAGAGCAUGAGGAUAGCGUUUGAGUCGUGGCUUGUUAACAGCAAAGUUGACUUGGUAUUGGCCGGUCACGUCCAUGCCUAUGAGAGAUCCGAACGUUUCUCCAAUAUUAAAUACAACAUCACCAAUGGCUUGAGCACUCCUGUGAAAGAUCUUAAUGCUCCAAUGUACAUCACAAUUGGAGAUGGAGGAAACAUUGAAGGAAUCGCAAACAGUUACACUGAUCCUCAACCAAGUUACUCAGCCUACAGAGAGGCUAGUUUCGGUCACGCUCUCUUGGAGAUCAAGAACAAGACUCAUGCGCUCUACACAUGGCAUAGGAACCAAGACAAUGAACCCGUCGCAGCCGAUUCUAUCAUGUUGUAUAACAGAUACAAUUUACAAACGGACGAGUAGUUUCCUUCAACAUGAAUGUCUAAGUUUGUUUUUUUCUCUUAUUUGAUUUAGGAUUUUAGAUUUGUUUUCUCUGAUUUUCUGUUUCUAUUUGCUUUUUUCAUCAGAUUUAAUAUUUUCAAUUUAGUUUGAAUAAUAAGAUUGCGUUAGAUUUUGCCCAAUA